UAAGCGUAUAGCCCAUGAACGUAAACAGAAGACAGUGACCCGGGUUUUGACAUUAUUGUUCUUAAUUACCUAGAGUGGUCAGUCAUUGUCUGCCUGAUGUUUGUUUACAUUUGCUGACCUUCUUCUGUUGUGUACUGUAUACAUAGACUUGAUAUCAGGAAUGACGACGUGAAGGACAGGUACGGAAUAUCCGCACUCCACUGUAGAAGAGAUGGCUUCUGGAGGCUUCUGGGUGGCAGAACUUUUAAAUGUGGCGGCUCACUUAGGGGCAAAACAAGGAAAACACCGCCGGGAAGAUGGCACCGAUAACCCUUCAGAAGAAACGUCCCCAAAACGCCCGCCUCCUAAGCACUCCUCAAAAGGUCGGUCCAAGAAAACAAAGCAGUCGCCAACAAGGGAAUCCCCCACAAAACAGCCUCCUGUCCAGGUGGAAGUCCAGGAAAAAAUGGACCAACCAAAACCCGUGCCGAAGGUGGAAGUCACACCCACCAAGAAAACCAGCACUCCUUCUCAGAAGAAGGAAACUACCUUUGACGUGACAAAGGAGUUGACAAUUGACACCAGUUUUGAUAAUAAGGAGAACAAUAAAAAUAUAUCUAGUCAAGUUACGCCAAUUAAACAAACAAAGACGGCACAAUUUGAACCUGUGACACCGCUACAGAAUGCAACCAAUCACAUCCCUGGACCACAGGCAACGUCCACCCCUGCCCCCAAUGGCAUGGUCAAUGGGCCAUCAGUUAGCCCUCCUCUCAGUCCUGGCUCUACCACAGACCAGAGUCAAGGCGAAAGUGACGAUGAAGGAUUGUCACCAACAGAAGAACAGUUUCGUAGCCUGAGUCCCUCACUCUCAUUGUUGUCGCGGUCCACCACCAGUAGUAUGGGCAGAUUCAUGUUGCAGGACUCUGGGUCUAUGUCAAGGAGGAAUGAGGUGAACUUCGGAAAAUUUUACAACACAAGUUAUCUAAAGGAGAGUACUACGGGUUACCUGAAGCGACCAGCCUCAAAUCCCACCCAGGCUCAGCGAUCCCCCAACUUCGCUAGACCAGAAAAUUUCACAUAUUCCAUGGAGCCACCAACAUGGAUGAAGCAUAAGAAAGGGAUGAGUGCAUUAGCAUCCGGGCAGGGUAAGAAGGUGGUGAAGGUACCUGCCACCUCUCCUGUUGACCUGAAGAACGAAGAGCCUGUAAAGAUGAGCAUGUACCCGUCAGCCAGACCUCCACAGCCGAAAGAGAUUGCCAAGAUAGAUAGGGAGGACUGGCCCGGACCCCCCUCACCUGCUGCUCUCCUACCUGAAAUAUUACGGGAGCGUAAGAAGAGUCGUGGCUUGGCAGAUGAUGACGACGAGGAAGAGAUGCUGCCGAAGGAGAACCCUCAGGUGAAGCGGGAGAUUGAGGAGCUAUCUAAACUAGACGCCAAGUCCUCCAUAGCCCAGGCCAUCCUCAAGAGCCUUGAGGAUAGGAAGGUGGUUGUUCCCUCCCCACUCGAUCCAUGGAAGGCCUCACGUGUCCCCAGUGCCAGCUAUGAGCCCCGCUACAGGACCCGCUAUCAAUCUCCUAUGUUUGCCUCUCCAUCACGAUUCCUGGACAGGCCACGUCCCCGCUCUUGGGAUGAUAGUGAUCUCCGUGGUUACAGGUCUUUAUCUGCCUCUAGGUUCCCUAAUUAUCCAGCUCCUAAACCAGGUUAUGGAGGCUGGACCCCCAAGUCUGUUACAUUACCAUUACAGGGUGCUUAUGGGGGACAUUUGGACUAUAGGUUUUUCGAAUUUGAUGACAGCGAUCAGCCAGAUGAGAAGAGAAGAUCAACACAUGCUUCUUCUUCAUCAAUGAGCACUGAGGGUGGGUCUAAGAAACCCCCUAGCAUAUUUGAGGGCACUGGACCAGGAGUAUCUCUACUGAAGAUUCAGAGGAGCACCUGGCACACAGAAACUGAACCUCCUGUUUACACUUACGAGAAAUUGAAGAUAACAAAUUUUGAUCUGCCAAGGGAUGUUGAUAUAAAUAGAUUAGAGAUACAUCUUUCUAAGGAGGAAUUUGAAGACAUUUUCAAAAUGAGUAGAGAGGAGUUUUACAAAAUGGCCGAGUGGAAAAGAAAUGAUAUAAAAAGGCGUAAUAAUCUUUACUGAGGACAGUUUUCUACGUAUACCAGAAAUAAAUCGGGGCUAAAGUCAAGAACAUAUCCAGUCAUUUUGUCAGUUGGAGCAAGAGAGCUAAGAAGUACUCGUCCAACAACUGAUACACGUUAUAUGUGCUGAUAUUGGUGACAAUUUUGAGAGCUGACUGCAUGUGUAGAUACUGGCUACUUUAGGCUAAAAACCUGCGUUACAAGUCCUCUGUAUACACACCAGAUACUGUACAUGACAGGUAAUCUACAAUCCUGGUCACCAGUCAGAUGUAUCCUGUCAGCUGUGAGAGAUACUUCUACGUGUAUCAUGGAAGUGCUCCACUACUUGGCUUUUUUCGUCAGUGCGAUUCAUGUUAAUCACACCUUUUUAAACUGUGGUGAAACAAAUAGUGAAAUAUCAUAAGGAUAUAGUUGCCCGUAGUUUUGCCAUAGUUAAUAUGUUGUAUACGUGGAUCACUGUGUUCAUUGAAGCCUGUAGACCUAUAUUACUGCUGGUAUGUAAAUGUUGGCGUGAGACAAGGCUGUUUUCUGAGCCAUCCACUGUUUUGGUAUUAUGUAUAUGUCUAAAGUAGAAAUGGAAAUGGGCUGUUCAAGAUGCUAUGAAGUUUGUGGUAGAUGGGGAUGGCGUCUGUGGACUUACGAUGUUUAGAUUAUCUCAUCUUUGUAAACAAAUGUUGACAAGUGGAUUAAAUUUGGUGCAAACAUGUACAUAGCUUUUAUUGUGAGAAAGUGAUUAAGUAGGAAAUAGACCACAGUCACUAGGCAUUGUCUUGUUCCUCUCAUAUUUAUUUUUAUCACAAUGUGCAGGAACACUUUAUUUAUGUUUUGCCUAGUGCCUUGCUUUCAGAAUUAUUCUUCCACUUAAAUAUGCAAAUUAAAUUCAAAAUGGCAUUCAAUAUUGAUUGUACCUAUUUUCUUGCACACGGUGUUUUUGUGAGUACUACUUUUAAAGAGUAACUAAAGGGUUAUGGUUAUAUUAAUAAGAACAAAGCCAUGGAAAUCAUGAUUCUUUUCCAUUAGUGGACUGAGAGGAAUUGCCUGCACACUAUAAUUUCGUUUUGUUUUCUUCUUUUUUUGUGAGCUAUGAAAGUUACCUCAUAAUGCUUGUAAACAAAAAGCAUUAUUAUUUAUAUGAUCAUUGUUUUUCUUUUCACAUAGUAUCACUUUUAACUGUACAGUGUAUGUAGUGAUUUGCUUUUAGAUAUAAAAUACUGGUUGUAAGAUACAGUGCAAUUGGUAAAGCCAUGUCCAGUAUGUUUUGUACUCUUUUUUUUUUUUAGAAUUAUGGACUCAUUGUUUGUGAUUUGCUUUGGGUUUUUUUUCUCUGUUUUAAGCUAAUUUAUUAUUUUUUUAAGAUGGGAAGAAUCUGGACGUGUUAAACAUGAAUUCAAUUUAAGGGCAAUCUUUCAAGAGUAUUGAGCACUCUUGCAUAUUAUUUUUGUUAUGCUGUCAUUUAUACCUUUGCAUUAGUGAAAGAAAUCAACCAUUUCAAGAGCAUUUUCAUGGUAAUGACUCUACCCCAGUGAAGUGCCACUGAAAAUGCGCAGAGAUUAUGUGGAAACAUUGUAGAAGUUCGCCAAGGUCUAAUGUUAACGGAGAAAUACCUGUUGACCAGAAAUACAGCUGGAUGAUAAAUUACCUUAAAUAAAUGUACAUGUAUAUGUGAAUACACAAUAAUAUUGUAUGGCAUAAUAUUGGAGCCAGAUAAUGUGAGGAUAGAUGUGAAGGUAGAUACAGGUUAUUAUACAUAUCGGGUAUGAUAUAAAAGUUUUGUUUCAUUAGUUAAUCUUGUUGAUGAUGUUGUUUUGUAAAUCCUUAAUCGUAAGUUGUUUGUUUUUUUUUUCUGAAUGUGUUCCAGCAUGGGUAGAGACUUAUGCUGCUGGGUUUUAGUUUGGGGAGUAAGUGCAUGCUUCAUUGUAACAUGAUAGUUUAUAGCUCUGGCUGCUUACGACUUGCUGUAGAUCACUCCAAAGCAUUACAUCUUAAGAUGGGCAUUUUUUCACCAUGGAGACUGUACAUGGAAUUCUUAGGCUGCAUGUAAAAGCGUAUCUUAAAAAUUAUUCAUGUGUGUCGAAAAAAAAAUAACUCACUUUCACAUGCAUAUAUAGGGAAAAUGUGCAUUUCUUGAAUUUUACUUUCUACAACUGAUGACUGAAUAAUGUGUGGGAUGUGCAACAUUUUUGAGAUCAUGAAAUAUUAUUUGAACAGAAAUGUAUUCUGUUUCGUUUGGACCAACAUCAAACACGAGGCAGCUUUGGCUGGUUAUAAGUCAUGUGGAGAAUAUAUUUCAUUUGUUUUGUAUUCCCAUGUUUGCAAGUUUCUAGCAGCUUGGUAUAAAACACUGUCGUGUGUAUAUUAAUACUGGAGGAAUUGUCUUCACCUGCAUGUGGAUGAAGAAAACAGUGGGAACUGGAAACGGUUUACUCCAGGAGUUGGCAUGAGACAUUUUCUCUUGUUUUAAUUUUAAUAAUUGGAUGCUUAAAACAUGCUUAUUUUAAUGCAGACAGUUGUGAAAAAAUCAGCUGUUUUCUUUUUCACUUGUACCUUGGCAGUCAUUGUUGGCUGAUAUUGGCCAGUUCACAAAGUUCUUAUUUUGGGUUGGAUUGGAAUGCAGCCCUAUAGUGUUAUACAGAAUAUGUUUACAGUAAGUUAUAUUGUGUUCUCUUUGUUAUUUUGAUGACAGUUGCAUUACGCAUUUACAUUUUCCAUCACUGACAUUUUUGGUUCGUCAAGGGCAUUAUGUAGAUUUCAUGAUUUACUCUUCAGCUGUGUAUGAUAUUGUCAGUUCUGGUGAUCAGGGCAUCAAGAUUUGGUAGCAGGCUCUUAACUGAAAUACCUGUAUGACAUCUACAUACAUAUACAGCCUGGAUGAAUGAUUUCAUAGUUCUUUGUCAAUAGUCAGGAAAAAGGAAAAGUUUAAAACUUCAGAUUUAUCAGACUUUUUCAAUCAGAUCUGCUCCAUGUUUUGAUUUUAUGACGACAAAAACAAUAUUAUGGAGCAAGAUAAACUUGUUAAAUACAGUUUGUAUAACAGAAAUUGUGGUUGAUGGAAAUCAGAUUCCAGGACUGAAUGCAAUGCCUUGUUUAUUGCUUUUUUUUAUUUGUUUUGUUUUUUUUUAAUUUUUCAUUUAAUAUUUUUUUAAUUUGUUUUUUUUUUUCUUCAUGAAUAUUUUUCUUUGCAGUGCUUAGCGCUAGUAGGGCAAGCUUUUUGUAAUUAUCCGAUACAACAAACUGAGCAUAUUGAAAUACGCAUCUUCGCCAUGUGACAUGUCAUAAUUCCCCUUGACCUAUAUAUCUUGAAGGUGAUUGGUGCUGGAAUCCAUGGUUUCAAGUAUACGUGAUAUGUUGUUGUUGUAUGUGUAGGUGUUUUUCGUACUCCUCUGUCUUGGAUCACCAUUGUUUUGCACACCUCCUAAUUCACCUUGUAAUAGAGGUCUGCCCGACACAAGCUAUAUCAUGUCACACUACCAGAGCGCUGCGUUCGUCCAGCUCUAUUGUGGCUUUUCUCAAUCAGUAAUAAAAUAUCUUGAUACUGUUUGAAUCUUGCAACAUUUGUUCCGUGUUAACAUUUCAUCGAAGUCUGCAUUUACUUGAAUGUUUGAUAGUUCACGUGAUACAUGGGUUCAGUGUCAUUCUUAC